UGUGUAAGCUAUGAUAGCAAUAUGCUCUUGAGAGCAAGGAGGAGAUUGUCCCACACCGUCCCUUUAUAAAAGGUCUGGGAAAGACGAGUCCUGUUGCAAUCCUGAAAAGUGUAUAGCUGUCAGCAGCUGCACACGGGCAAAGCUCCCAGGGAGAGCGAUGAAACAGUUUCUCCUCCAGUCGGUGAGAAGCCCAGAGUGGUUGGUGAUAUUAUGAACCUCCUCAGCUGCCCUGAGGAGUGAGAGUGGGGCUGUCCGAAAGUCAGACAGCUGCUGGUGGCCACCAACCUCUUGGUGCAAGGGAUUAAGAAGAUCCCGAGAAGUGUCCAGACAUACUGAUGGGCUCCGUUGGUGAGCUCUGCUAUCCAACCAUGACAAUGGAAAAACCAACGACUGGAGAACUCGCCUUGGAUCCUCUGGUCACUUGCAAGCUCUGUCUUUCUGAAUAUUCUCUGGACAAGAUGACCACUCUGCAGGAAUGUCAGUGCAUCUUUUGUACAUCGUGCCUGAAACAAUAUACACAGCUGGCAAUUCGAGAAGGAUGUGGAUCUCCCAUCACUUGCCCUGACAUGGUGUGCUUAAAUCGUGGUACCCUACAGGAAUCAGAGAUUGCCUGCUUGGUAUCAGUGGAUCAAUUUCAGCUCUACCAACGGUUGAAGUUUGAAAGAGAAGUCCAUUUGGACCCUUGCCGGACGUGGUGUCCUGUUGCUGACUGCCAGACUGUGUGCCAUAUUGAACAGAAUAAUUCAGGACAGCCCACAAAGGUUGAAUGUCCUUCUUGUCACCUGACAUUCUGCUCAUGUUGCAAAGAUACCUGGCAUGCUGAUCGCUCUUGUCGGGACAGCCAACCUGUUGUUGUCUUGCCAACAGAACAUGGGGCCCUCAUUGGGAUGGAUGCAGAAGCUCCCAUUAAGCAGUGUCCUGUUUGCCGGGUCUACAUUGAACGGAACGAAGGCUGUGCCCAGAUGAUGUGUAAGAAUUGUAAGCACACGUUCUGCUGGUACUGUCUCCAGAACCUGGAUAAUGACAUUUUCCUCAGACAUUAUGAUAAAGGGCCCUGUCGGAAUAAACUGGGUCACUCCCGAGCCUCUGUGAUGUGGAACCGAACACAGGUUGUAGGGAUUCUUGUGGGGUUGGGCAUCAUAGCCUUGGUGACCUCGCCUCUGCUGCUACUGGCCUCCCCCUGUAUCAUCUGCUGUGUUUGCAAAUCCUGUCGGGGCAAGAAGAAAAAGCAUGACCCACCGACUACCUAAAGUCCCGCACCUUGUGGGCAUGUGCAUACAGGAUCUGUGAGGUAUCCUGAGUGAGGAUCUGGUUAUGGUGCCCUCCUUAGCAGACUUGUCUCCUUACCCUUGACAGCCUUUGGAAGUGCCUACUGUCUACAGGCUUUGAACUUGCUUGCACAUCUUCAGUGUGGGGAAAGGCUAAGCUUUGUGUUGCUGUUUGAAGAAGGCCUGGUUCUGAAGCACAGACUGUGAAUGUGGAAUAUGUCUGUAUGUAAACUUUGGGGUUGAAUGGGAAGGACCAGCAUCAUUUUGUCAUCCGAAGCUCCAUGAUUUCUGGACCAGUCACCUUGCGGCCAAGGAGAAGGAGCAUGAGGAAAAAUGUCCUGUUACAACAAACUGUGUUGCCUUGAUUAUUACAUGUAUGACAGGAGUGGUAAGGGAGACUUACCUGAAGCUCCAUGAUUCCUGUACUGAACAGAAGAAGGAGCCUAAGGAAACAUCUCCUGUUACCACAAACUGUAUUGCCAUGCUUAUUAUAUGUGUAAUAGGAGUGGUGGGGGAGAGAGCUGGAAACACUGUCUUGGCUAGAUGUGUUUAUUUUUCUACCAGAUACGGUAGAAA